CCCUCUAAAUAGGAGAUGUUCUCAGGACAGCGCCCAAGAGACUGGCUGGAAUCAGUUUUGGAGGGUGAUACACCGCGACAGCUAGAAGUUGGAUAGGGUUUCAGCAGCUCCUAUAUAAAGCAGGGGGGGACUUAUGUCACUGCACUAAUUAAAUUCCAUCUGGGUUGUUCCUCAGGGUGUUUUUGAGCCUUCCACCCAACUCAAGCAGGCAGAGAGGCCGAGGGACAGCAUGAUGAUGGACCUUUUUGAAACUGGUUCCUAUUUCUUCUACUUGGACGGGGAGAAUGGAGCCCUGCAGCAGCUGGAGAUGGCAGAGGGAUCCCCGCUGUACCCAGGCAGUGAUGGCACCUUGUCCCCCUGUCAGGACCAAAUGCCGCCAGAGGCUGGCAGUGACAGCAGCGGAGAGGAGCAUGUGCUAGCACCCCCGGGACUACAACCCCCUCACUUCCCCGGCCAGUGCUUGAUCUGGGCUUGUAAAACUUGCAAGAGAAAGUCGGCCCCCACAGACAGACGGAAAGCAGCCACCCUGCGGGAGAGGAGGAGACUGAAGAAGAUCAACGAAGCCUUCGAGGCGCUGAAAAGGCGGACUGUGGCGAACCCCAACCAGAGGCUGCCCAAGGUGGAGAUCUUGAGGAGCGCCAUUAGCUACAUCGAGAGGCUGCAGGACCUCUUGCACAGGCUGGAUCAGCAGGAGAAAAUGCAGGAGAUCGGGGGGGACCCCUUCAGCUUCAGCCCCAAGCAGGGAAAUAUCCCCAGUUCAGACUUCCUGAGCACCUGCAGCUCCGACUGGCAAAGCGUUUCUGACCAUUCCCGAGCCCUCGGAGCCAGCCCCAAGGAAGGAGGCUCCAUCGUCGAGUCGGCGGCCUCCAGCAGCCUUCGCUGCCUCUCUUCUAUAGUGGACAGUAUUUCUUCCGACGAGCCCAAACUGCCCAGCGCGGAGGAGGUGGUGGAGAAAUAAAUCCGGUUGCUCUGAUACUUACCAGUGUACCGGUGAUCGGCUUUCGCUGAGAGUCACCGCAAAGUUCAUUCCUGUCUGAGUGAAGCUGUUGGGUGUAUUUCGUGUUAAUCCUAUUUAAAGAGUUCCCGCCUCGUUUCGUUCCUGUAAAUAAUUUUAGUACUGUCUUUUCUUUUGUAAACAUAACAAAUAUGUAUUUAAAUGGUGGAAUGUGAUAUUGUAUAUAAGAACAGACGGAAUUCUUGGAUUGUAAAAUAAAGUUCUUUGUGUUA